UCCACGAUCACUACUCUAAUGGCAGGAACUACUUCUCAUCUGCUCUUGAUUUUCUUCAUCUUGUUCCUUUCUUCAACAUCAUUGUCAGCAUCAUCAUUACGCAAAGCCAGAAAACAAUUCAAUGUUGAAGAUUUUGGAGCAAUCGGGGACGGAAAAACCGAUGCCAGUCCGGCGUUUUUGAGAGCAUGGGGUAAAGCAUGUCAGUGUUCAGAUGUUCACACUACGAUUUACGUACCACGGAAGAGGUUUUUUCUUCGUUCCGUUGAUUUUCAAGGACCUUGUAGAGGCUCAAGCAUCAUGGUUCAUUUAGAUGGAAGUAUUCUUGUUUCUCCACAAUAUUUAGAAAUGGGGUUUCAGGAAGAUUGGAUAAGGUUUGUAGAUGUCAACGGGUUGGCGAUUGUCGGAGGAUAUCUUGAUGGCCGGGGGAAACAAUUAUGGUGGUGUAAAGAGAAUUCGCAAAAAUGUCCACCUGGAGCGACGUCGCUUUCGGUUUACGGUUCGAAAAACGUCGUGAUCAGAAAUUUAACGUCGGUUGAUGCUAAGUUAUAUCACGUUGUCAUUCAUUCCUGUGAGAAUAUCAAGAUUGAGGGGGUUAAAAUUUAUGCUCCAUCUGAUAGUCCAAAUACUGAUGGCAUACAUGUGCAAAAUGCACUGAAUGUUCAUGUUCUAAGAACGGCUAUUAAAACUGGAGAUGAUUGCAUUUCAGUCGGUCCAGGCACUAGAAACUUGCGGAUUAAUCGAAUUGCUUGCGGACCUGGACAUGGAAUAAGUAUUGGGAGCUUAGGGAAAGGAUUGGAAGAAGAGGGAGUUUCAAAUGUGACAGUAACAAAUGCUGUGUUUACUGGAACAACAAAUGGUUUAAGAAUCAAAUCAUGGGGAAGGCCGAGUAAUGGGUUUGUUAGAGACGUCUUUUUCAAACGAGUUCUGAUGAAUAACGUUGAAAAUCCGAUUGUUAUUGAUCAGAAUUACUGUCCCUGGGAUGAAGGUUGCCCUAGCCAGCACUCUGGUGUAAAAAUCAGUCACGUAACGUAUACAGACAUUAAAGGAACUUCUGCAUCUCAAGUUGCAGUGAAAUUCGAUUGCAGUCCGAUCUCUCCGUGCAAAGGAAUUCGUUUGAGAGACAUAAAACUUACUUACCAGCAUCAACCUGCAGAAUCUGUCUGUAACAACAUACUUGGAGUUGCACAUGGUGAAAUUGAUCCGCCUAGCUGUUUAUAAAUGUUUUUAGCAUUAUCUCUAUUGAUCUUCUAUUGAGCAGAAACUUGGAUAAAUUUUUAUUUGUCUCACGACUUGCCUAUCUAAGUUCAGACUACUUGUAUUGUUUGUUUUUCUGUUGUUGAAUCAAAAGAUGAACUCCUAGUUCAGACUGAUAGUUCUAGCAAUGUGGUUUUUCAACUCUGACCUUAUUUUGAA